AUGUCGCAACUCUCCUGGUCCCCGACGGCGAUCCUUCGCAAGGCCUUGCGCAUCUUCCUCCCCAUCUCCCUCGCUCUGACGAUAUACCUAUAUUUCUUCCCCUUCUUCGGGAAAUGCGCCUUUCCGCUGCCGCCUGUCCAACAUAAUGCGCCCGCCGACACGGGCUACCAUGCGUUCCUCGAGACGGUCAAGUUGCACCUUUCGCUUCCGCCUGUGCCCGUAGACGAAACCGAUCCUACCUCGACACCCGCCGUCACACCAUCGCGACCGCUUGCGCCGUUCCGUCUCCUUGCGCUCGGCGACCCGCAGCUCGAAGGCGACACCUCGAUCCCGACCGAGUACCUGGGCGUCUUCCCGCACGUCAAGAGCCUCUUCCGCCACCUGACCUUCCAGACCAGCCAUGCCUCGCUCCGAUGGCGCCUCCGCCAGUGCUUCCACGAGAUCGUCGACAUAUUCUUCGAAGACGUCUUCAACCUCGCCGAGUCCUACCGCAAGCGCUUCGACCACUGGGGCAACGACUACUACCUCGCCCACAUCUACCGCACUUUACACUGGUGGUCGCGCCCGACUCACGUCACCGUUCUCGGCGACCUGCUCGGCAGCCAAUGGGUCACGGACGAUGAAUUCUACUGGCGCGCCCACCGCUUCUGGAACCGCGUCUUCAAGGGCGGCGAGCGCGUGCCCGACGACGUCGCCAUGUUCCCCGCCGACGAGUACGACCUGACGGGCUACCUUUCGACCAGCGGGCCCGCCAACGACUCGGAAGUCUGGACCAAGCGCAUCAUCAACGUAGCGGGUAACCACGACAUCGGAUACGCAGGCGACAUCAACACCAACCUUACCGGGCGCUUCGAAGACGCCUUCGGCAAGAUCAACUACGAACUCCGCUUCGAGCUGCCCCUAACCAACAAAUCCUUGACCAACACCCUCUUCGACGCCCUCGACAACCCGCUCUCCGACCGCCUCGUGCCCGAACUCCGCCUCGUCGUGCUCAACGACAUGAACCUCGACACGCCCGCUCUAUCCCCCGAGCUUCAAGACGACACCUACUCCUUCAUCAACAGCGUCAUCAACACCGCCAGCGCCGUGCAAUUCAGGGGGCACUACACCCUUAUUCUCACGCACGUGCCUUUGUACAAACCCGACGGCGUCUGCGUCGACUCGCCGCUCUUCACCUUCCACGACCACGACGGCACCCUCAAAGAACAAAACCAGCUUUCCCUAGCAGCCAGCAAGGGCUUCUUGGAAGGAAUCCUCGGCAUAUCGGGUAACAAAGACGCGCCCGCCAACGGCCAGGGUCGCCGGGGUAUCAUCCUGAACGGCCAUGAUCACGAGGGGUGCGACACAUGGCAUUACAUCAACCAAUCGUUCGUCGAGGAGGAGACCCUCGUGCAGGCAGAAGACGGGGAAUUCGAGAUUGAGCGCAAGCAAAGAGAAUGGGAGGUCAAGCGGUACAAGCAGGCCAAGAAGGAAGCCAUUAUUGGGAGGGACGACAUGCCCGGCGUGAGGGAGGUGACGGUGCGCAGCAUGAUGGGCGAGUUUGGCGGCAACGCCGGCCUGCUGAGCGUCUGGUUCGAUGAGGAGGAGUGGGAGUGGAAGGCCGAGUACGCGACGUGCCCGAUGGGCACGCAGCAUUUGUGGUGGGUGGUGCAUUUUAUGGAUUUCUUUGUGAUUCUGGGCGCGGUAGUGUUGGCGGGCGCCGGAGUGGCGGGGUCGGUGUUUGGGGUGGAUGUUGAUAAGGCUGUUGUGAGGGGUUUGAGGAAGAUUCCACUGGUUGGUGGUGGUAGGAGGCAUAAGAGGAGGAUGACGGAGAGUGAGAGGAAGGAGAGGCAUGAAAGGCAUCAGAGGGAGGGAGAGAGACAUAGGGAUAGGGAUGAAAGUGGGAUGAGCCGGGAUCGUGCGGCGGUGAUGAAGGAUCGGGCGAGGUCAAAGUCUAGGAGGAGGCUGGAGAGGAGAGGAGUGACGCCUGAUCAGCAGUUGUGGAGUGAGGCGAAGAAGAGGUUGGAUUAUGAAAAGUCGUGA